AUCAGGGUGGGCCAGGCGCGUGCCCUGUGGUCGGUUGUUACCACCCUGGGCGCAAAGGCCCCCCUUUCCCUUUCAGCACAGAUGUCAGUUUGUACUGGGGCAGAGCUGUUGUCUGGAGAGUUUGCUGGCAUCUUCCAAAGAGGUCUAGGAAACGCGGAAUUUACAACUUUCUCAGGCAAAUAGAUUCUCACCUUCCAGCCUGCCACCCCAAAGCCAAGCCACCCAGUAAGACCACUUCCAACAGCCUCAGCAGCAUUCAGAUCCUCCUUGAGAGCAAAGGAUAUUUACAUCAGGCCAACAUGCAUACAAUUCAGGACUUACCUUCAGAAUGAUGAAAGCACAGAGGGAAUAACAGAUCCUGCAGCACAACUGGAGGUACUGAAUUUUUCAUAUGUAAUUUGGAAGCUAAAUCAAUUACAAAAAUGAAGUGUGCAAAGCAUCCAUCAACCAUUAGUGUGAAAUUGACAAGUGUUCCAGAGUUACCUUAUAAGAAAGGCUUACUGAAUUCAUCACCUAAGCCAAAAGAAAAACAUAAUGCCAAGUCAAAGUAUGGUAAAAAUGAAUCAAUGGUCCUGAGGUCUCCACCCACAGGAGAGUCAAUUGUACGAUUUGCCUUGCCAAUACCAUUGAGUAAAACGAAGGAAAAGAUAUCAGCUGAUGAAAUGGUCAGGAGGAUUGCCACAAAUCUGAAGAUGGUUGUUUCUAACUUGGAAGACACCUAUGGAGCUUGCUAUGAUAAUGGAGAAAAGGCAGCAGAAAAAAGUGAAGCAGAAGGCUUGUCUGUAUGUGUAUAUAAUGCUAAUGAAAUAAAUUAAAUGCUGGAAGGGGUUAGCCCUCACCUUCAGAAUCCACAAACAUACACUGUCUGAAUAGGCCACUAUCUACACAAAGAUUCUCUUGUGACAUUUGACAAAACUGUACUAAUGUUUCCAGCUUCAGCCAAUUCCUCCUGUCUUAACUAUCUGUAAGUCUACUUUUUAUAGUCUUGCUUCUAUGGGGAGUUUUAAAUAUGAGCUUGGUUAUUUUGAUCGUCUUGGCUGUAAGAAAGUAUUCUUGCACCAGCAAAAUGGUUCAGUGGGUAAAGAUGCUUGCCAUUAAGUCUGAAAGCUUGAGUUCAGUCUUUGGGACCUACAUGAUGGAGAGAGAGGGCCAACUCUUGCAAGUUGUAACUCCAUGUGUAUACUCUUGCAA